AGACGAUCAACCACCAAGUCAAUCGCAGCCAACUCCAAUUUCCUUUUUUCCCUUCUUUCCCUUCCAAGUGGCACGGAGAGAAUUCGAAAAAGUCAAGAUGCCUACCGACGCCGGUCACAGACUUUACGUUAAGGGUCGCCACCUGUCCUACCAGCGUAGCCGACAUGUCACCCACCCCAGCACCAGCCUGAUCAAGAUCGAGGGUGUCGACAACACCGAGGCUGCCAACUUCUACCUCGGCAAGAAGGUCGCAUAUGUCUACAAGGCUCAGAAGGAGGUCCGCGGCUCCAAGAUCCGUGUCAUCUGGGGCAAGGUCACUCGCCCUCAUGGCAACUCCGGUGUUGUCCGCGCCAAGUUCUCCAACCCUCUCCCCUCUCGUUCUUUCGGUGCCUCCGUCCGCAUCAUGCUCUACCCUUCUGCGAUAUAAGGGAUCGGUCUUUCAUGGAUGGAGUUGAGGGAAAAUUGGAAUCGAUUAGCUGCAUCUCGGUUUGGCGGGGGUUUACUCGAGGUCUGCUUUCUGGCAUGCAAAUCAACUGAUGAGAGUUGCCUGGCCACUAUAAAAGACGAUGAACGAUCCGUGGUUUCUCGCGUGCUUGGUCCGACACGAGGAAGGCUCCCUCCGGGGCUAUAGACGACAGGCUCUGGAAACGGGGCCAGUUGUUGCAUACACAGGGAAUAACCAGAUCCCUAGGACUCAAUAAAGCAUCUUGAAUUUGAAGAGCCGAUCGUGCUACCUCAACAACUCAUGCUCAAC